AUGCAGCAGCAAGGAUACCCGCCCCAGGGGUAUCCCCCUCCCCAAGGAUAUCCUCCUCAGGACUACUCGCAGCAGCAGCAGCAAUAUCCUCCCCAAGGAUAUGGUCCACCUCCGCCUCAAGAUCAGCAGUAUGCUUAUUCCCAGCCGCCGCCGCCCCCCAAUAACAACGGCUAUAACAACGGCUAUGGCGACGACAAGGUCCCCUUCGAGCAGGCCUUCAAGAUCGAGAAGCCAAAGUACAAUGAUAUCUGGGCCGGCGUCCUAUUUGUGCUUACCAUGGCUGGCUACGUCGUCGUUUCUGGCAUCGCCAUCCAGGGCUACGCCGCCACUCGAGGCGCCAACGGCACCGGAAUCUACAAUGGCAACAGCCGAGAUAUCAGCAUCAACACCAACACCCUCUUGCUAUUCGUCUUCUGCCUAUGCGUCGCUAUCGUCUUCAGCUAUGGCUACGUUAUGCUGGCUCGGGCUUUUCCAAAGCAGCUCAUCUGGACCACUGGCAUCUUGAAUAUCGUCUGGGGCCUCGGAACUGCUAUUUACAUGCUGUACAGGAAAUACUACGCCGGAGGCAUCGUCUUCCUCAUUUUUGUCGUCUUCCUAAUCUUCGCCUUCAUUUCCUGGAUCCCUCGCAUACCAUUCAGUGCGCUCAUGCUACGCACCGUUAUCAACGUCGCUAACCACCACGGCCACGUCUACAUGGUCAGCUUCACUGGAGGCCUCAUCGGUGCCGCCUUUGCAGCCUGGUUUGCAGUCACUUUUGUGGCUGUAUAUGUCAAAUUCGCGCCGAGCAACGACAAUCCCGCCUGUCGCACCGGCGCAAGUGGCUGCAGCUACGCCAAAGUCGGUGGCCUCAUAGCCUUCAUUACCUUCUGCUCGUACUGGUUCUCGGAGUGGCUGAAGAAUACCAUCCACACUACUGUUUCAGGCGUCUAUGGAUCCUGGUACUUCAACUCGCGUGCCUACCCAACCGGAGUCACUCGCGGCGCGUUGAGGCGGUCUCUGACCUACAGCUUUGGGUCCAUCAGCCUGGGUAGUCUCAUCGUUGCGAUCGUCAAUUUCCUCAGGAUGCUGGCCCAGACGGCCCGUGACCAGAGCGGACAGUCGGGAGACAUGAUCGCCUACAUCUUCUUCUGCGUCCUCAGCUGCCUCAUCUCCCUCCUCCAAUGGGUAAUCGAGUUUGUCAAUCGAUAUGCAUUCUCGCACAUUGCCCUUUACGGCCGUCCUUACUUCCAGUCGGCCAAGGACACCUGGAAGAUGAUCAAGGACCGUGGCAUUGAUGCACUUGUUAACGAAUGCCUCAUUGGGCCUGUCUUCUCUUUUGGCGCCACGUUCAUUGGUUUUGCCACCGCCCUGCUGGCCUUCCUGUACCUGGAGUUCACGGACCCGGCCUACAACUCAAACGGUCAAUACACAGUGGUCAUCGUUGCCUUUGCAUUCCUCAUCGGUCUGCAGAUCUGCAACAUCUUCACCACCCCGCUGUCCAGCGGCAUUGACACGAUAUUUGUGGCGUCGGCCUGGGACCCGGAGGUGAUGAUCCGCGACCACGGCGACCUUUACCACCAGAUGGUCCAGGUCUACCCACAUGUGCAGCAGGCUAUCCACGCCUGA